ACGGCGCAGGCGGCUGGCGGCGGCGGCGGGGCGCGGCCGGCAUCGCGGGGGCUGAGGAGGUGACCCCUGUGUAUUUGAGCCAGAAUUAUGGGAUUGUUUGACAAGCUGGCGGGAUGGCUCGGGCUGAAGAAAAAGGAGGUUCACGUUUUGUGCCUUGGCUUGGACAAUAGCGGCAAAACAACGAUCAUAAAUAAACUUAAACCUUCAAAUGCUCAAACUCAGGACAUCGUUCCAACGAUAGGGUUCAGUAUAGAGAAAUUCAAGACAUCAAGUUUGUCUUUCACAGUGUUUGAUAUGUCAGGUCAAGGGAGAUACAGAAACCUUUGGGAACACUACUACAAAGAAGGCCAAGCCAUUAUUUUUGUCAUUGAUAGCAGUGACAAAUUAAGAAUGGUUGUGGCCAAAGAAGAACUUGACACCCUUCUGAAUCAUCCAGAUAUUAAGCACCGUCGACUGCCUGUUCUCUUCUUUGCUAACAAGAUGGACCUCAGGGAUGCAAUAUCAUCUGUAAAAGUUUCUCAGUUACUGUCACUAGAAAACAUCAAAGACAAGCCCUGGCAUAUCUGUGCCAGUGAUGCUCUUAAAGGCGAAGGAUUACAAGAGGGUGUGGAUUGGCUCCAAGAUCAGAUCCAAGCAAUGAAGACAUGAGAGAUAAAUAAAAGACGUAUGGCGUUCUCUUACAAACUUUGUCAGUAGGUGUGCAAAUUUCCUGGAAAGGAAGAAUGAUUUAAAGAAAAUGAACAGUUCAGCGAAAAUAUACAGCGUUGAUUUGUUCCCUUUUAGUAUCUCUUCCAGGAAAACUGAAUGUAGACAACAUAGCACCUCAGGUAUGCACAUCAAUGAAUUAAAUUGAAUCUUGAGACUGGAGAGCAUAUUUUUAAAAAAGAUUUGUGUUAACAAUAAACAUCUGCAUUCAUUUGAGUUUUCAGUGAUGACUAGCCAUCAUGAAAUGCCCCUCUGUUUUUUGGGGGGACACAUUUUGACCAAAUGGGUAUAUUUAUUUUUUUGAGAAAGAAUAAUCAGCACUUCCUGAAAUACAGCUGCUGAAGAUACCUACUGAUUGUAGGUGCCCAUUUUUAGGUAUUUCUGCAAUUUUUUUAAUUGUAAAAUUUGAUGUUGGGUUUUUAGUAGCCAUCUACAACAAGCUUCUAGAAGAAUAGUUUGGUUUAAAAUAAAAGGAUCAAAUAUUCAGUGUAUUUGUUAUAGAUGACUGCAGAUGUUUUUAAGGAACUGCUUUUAAGGAAAUGUUAUGAAUUGGUUUUGUGAUAUGCCAUGGUUUUAUUUGCAUUGCCAUCAAUAAAACUUCAAAUGUACAACAUGCAAUGGUUUGGAUUUUUAACUUAAAUAUGUUCUUUGAUGGUCCUUAUAUCUUAGAGAUUUUUGAUUUUCUGUUAGUUUCACCUGGAAUUUGUUUGUCCAUUUUCCAAUGGAAAUAGCACUGUAUAUUGUAAUAAAAUGGUAUCUCUUUUGCCAAGCUUUUUUUUUAAUUGCAUAUAUUUGUUGCACUUUCUAAUAAAAUAGACUGCUCUUCCAAAUAUUUAAAGAGAAUAUGGUUGAAAGUUGUAUUUUGGAAACAAGCUAAGGGUCAGUUCACUAGUUUACUAGGUCAUUAAUAUGAAAUGUCUUAUACUUCUGUUGAGUAUAAAAACUUUUACUUUCAGGAAUAAUUGUAAUUAACUUUCUGACUUCAAAAAUAUACCAUUGGUAACAAAUUAAGCCAAUGCUAAGGACUUUAUUUGUGUUAUGCCACUUCUUCCCCUUUAAUCCCUCCUCCCUUGUCCAAGACACAAGCAGACCUGCACUGGCAAUGCUGAAAGACUGUAUUUAACUGAGUGAUUAGCUGAUCCCUCUGGGAGAUGUAAUAUGUAGGUUUUGCAAAAGCUUUCCCCCCCUUAUUAGCACAUAAAACACACAAAUGUUGUGUAAGCAAGCCUUCUAGGGCUCGCUUCAUAGAGGAAUAUUUGGAGCCAAGGGACCUGCCUGAAAUGGUAGAACAGUUUCAUGUACUUUCAGUUAUUAUUAAACAGUUAAAAUUAACUCCCCUGCUUUGCUAGAGGGAACUAAGUCUUACUGUAACACAGGAUAUUACAAUUCUGACAGUUCAGUUUUUUAUGAAAGUAUUUCUUUCAUGUGUCUUGUGAUAACUUUAACCUUCUGUCAACUCUGAAUCUAAAUAUCUAUAUAAAAUCAAAUGCAAAGGAGGAAAAAUAAAUAAUUCUGAGACGGU